AUGUCUUUAGAUCGUAAGAACCAUCACCAACACAAUGAGACAAAGAAAGCUCACUACUCUUUCGAUGACCAAAACGACAAAAAUGAGCAGCAGAACUUUUUGUGUUUGUCUCCGGAGAAUCUUAACAGGUCUUGCCAGAACCUGAACAAGAACCACAACCAUCACCACCACUCUGGUGGAAGCGGUGGUGGUAAAAGGAACGAGCUCGUAACCAGGACUUCGACGGAGAGCAAAGACACAGAUUCAUCGUCUGGCUCCAAGAAGCAUGGACAUCGGCCAAGGUCCCCCGGAAGGAAUAAAAAAUCACCUAACAAGUCGAAGAAGAGUUCCUCACCCAGUAGUAAAAGUCGCCAUUCCCACAACAAGGACACCGAAUCGCGCUCUUCACAUCACUCCAGCGAAGGCCGGCACAAGCGGAAACGAGGGAAGAAGAGACAUGCUGAGGAUGGAUUUGGCGUGGAAGAUGAAGGAGAGGAAGAACGGAGCAAAGCCACGUGCGUCGUAGUGGUUAUUAGUACGAGUAUCAUAGUACUUGCGGUGUUGCUAGUUGUCGUGACUUUGUACUUCACGCCUCAUCUCGGCGAUGAUGAUCGAGAUUUUUAUUGCUGCAACAACACUGGAGAAUUCACGAACUCUCAUUCGAAAUAUUAAUGCCAAGGGAGCCUUGGGAGGAACUCUUCAAUUUCGAAAAACGUUCGUGAUUGUGAUAAGAGCUUACAGUUGAAUGUAAAAACAGAAAUUAGUACGUGUGACUUACUAAUGUUGUGCAGAGAGAUAGGAAUCUACCUAUGUGUGUUGUUAUCUCAUCUAACCUUUAGUUUUUUGCGGCAAUUUUGGUAAUGCAAAAGUAUGAGAAUGCGAUGUCAAGAAUGUGAUCCAAAUACCAAAUAUCCAUUGCCAAUAAUGGGGUUGUUUCCGAAAUUUUAAAAGUAUGUUUUUUUUUCUGAAAGAGCAUGCUGGUUGACAGCAAUGCGUAAACAUUUAGCGCGGUAUAAAAAUAUCGCGCCAAAGUGCAUCACUUGUGAUGUCAUAAAGGACACGCCUUACCCCCAAAAUCGGACAUUUAAAAAAAUUAAAUAAAAAAUAACUGUUGGUAAAAUAAAACUUUUUUCUGGCUCCAUGUUAUUAUUAUUAUUAUUUGCUUAAUUUAUCAAUUUCUGUGACUAAAAAUAGUACUUUUGACUGAAAGGAAAAACCCCAUUAGAGCAUAUUAAAUUACUUUUCUUCAAUUUCAGAAAACCAUCAGAAAUGAAAUGAACAUCAUCUAUUUUUUUCCAUUCUUUGAAUCGUUUCAAAAAAAAAAAAAAAAAAAAAAAAUGCUCUUUGGUCAGUUGUUUUUAUUUUUUCGGGUCAAAGCAGUUUUAAAUGAAUAAACAUUGAUGAAAAUGGCCUAUAGAUAGAACUUAAGGUUUCUGCGUGUAUAUAAUCUAAUUUGAAAAAUCGGACAACUAUUUUAAUGUUAAAAAAGUUAAGUCAGUGUAUACAUACGAGAUGCAGUACAAUGAAGAAAUAUAUUUAAUUUCCCCGUCUUAUCUUAGUACAAUAUUUUUAUAGAAACAGUAUUAGAUGGAGAAUUCAAUCCAAAAUCAACAAUUUUAUUCUGUUCACCAUUCGAGAAUGUUUAGUGAGUAAAUUGAGACAUUUUGUAGAGUGAAACGGAAGCGAAAUAUCCAAAACAUUCUACAUAAGCUCAUAUUUUGAUAUUUGAUGUUUUUAAAUGAUUGUGGACUACACUUAAAUCAAAUUAAAGUAAUGAAAUGGGCAUGAAGAAAUACUUUACUUUUUCGGAGGACGUGUCUGAAAUAGCAUUUAACAACAGCGUCGAUAAAUCUAACUUAUACCUAGAAACUUCCUUCCGUUCCUAACAGGAAAAUAAACUAAAUGUUUAAGUUAUAAUUUUUCGGAACAAACUCAUCAAAAUAUCUGAAAAUUGUUGUGAUUAUAUUUUCAACGCUUGUCAUACAAUUUUUAAGAAAAUGCUUUUAGUUGAAUUCUGUAAAGUUGUAACGUUAAAACAGAAUACAUUUUUAUUCAGAAAAUUGCUUUUUAAUUGAAUAAAUCUUCAU